UGCAGAUGGGGUAUCGCCGAAAACUUGGAAAGUGAAGGUGGUCCGCCCAAUCUCAGCCACCAAAUCAAAGUAAAAUCUUGGAAUCUGCUUCUACUGUCUAUCAGGUCAAGGAACGAGGUAAGUUCAAUCUUCAGAGUUCAACAUGCAGGCCUCAAGGAUGUUACUACUCUCUCCAGCACCCUCCUCCAUUACACGAAUGGGCCAUUUCAGCUCCCCACCGUCACUUGCUUUCCGAAAGCCAAGAGCCAAGAUCAGGGCAAUGGCAAAGGAGGACAGCGAAGCCGGCGGCGGGGGCGUAGUGGAGAAAGCGGCCAUAGCCGGAGGACUGAUAUCGACGCCAGUCAUCGCAUGGUCUCUCUUCACGCUCAAAACAACAGGGUGCGGCUUGCCUCCCGGACCGGGCGGCUCGAUCGGCGCACUGGAGGGGGUGAGCUACCUGGCGGUGCUGGGGAUAGUUGGGUGGUCAGUAUACACGAAGACGAAGACGGGUUCGGGUCUGCCAAACGGACCGUUUGGUUUAUUGGGUGCUGUUGAGGGGCUGUCGUAUUUGGCGGUGGUGGCCAUAGUGGUGGUGUUUGGGUUGCAGUAUGUGGAGCAGGGUUACAUCCCUGGUCCUCUCCCAGCUGAUCAGUGCUUCGGCUAGACUCUACCAUUAAUUAUGGACCACUCCAAUUCUAUCUUCAUCUUGUGGAUACGCUUGCCUGUUCUGGUGAUCCCCCUCUUUAAAUGUAAUUCAAAUGUACUAUCUUCCUUUUCUAUCUGAAGGUUCAUUAGGUUAUUAAUUUUUGGUAUUAUGACCAAUCUAUAAUAUUACUUCUGAUUCUUAA